AUGUGCCCUGUUAUAAUUAAGGAAAAAUUUUAUUCAAAUUCCAAAAUAUCAACUUCUACAAAAAAUAUCACAAAUGUAAUUUGUAAUACUUCUAAGUCUAACUCUAAUGAAGAAUUGGGUGAAAUUAGUGAGAAUGAUUAUCAAAUGAACAAUAUUUUGUCUUGUGACUCAGGAGAAUUUGAUUCCAUUAUUUCUAAUCAAUCUACAAGCAAGGCGAUUAAAUAUAAAUCUCAAUCUUGUAUAACCGGUUUCAUAGAUAGAAUUAAUCCCAAAGAAAAAAAUGAGCAGGAUCAAUUGUUUGCAAAUGCGAGCAAUUUACCUUUCCACAUCACUGAAAAUCCCUACAUCCAAGAAUUUUUUAAAAAAAUACGUCCUAUUUACACAUUACCCAGGAGAAGGCAGCUGGCUGGAUAUCUUCUAGACAAAGCGUCAGGUGAUAUGGAGGUGAGAGUUGCAGAUAUAAUAGAUAAAGCUCCUUACUUAUCAAUUGUAUCAGAUGGCUGGAGCAACAUUAGAAACGAGAGUAUUAUUAAUUUUAUGGUGAUGACGCCUGUUCCAGUUUUCUACAAAUUUCUUUAUAUUGCCCAGGAAUUUAAAAAUGUAAUUCAUGAAUUAAAUCCGGUAAAAGUAUAUUCUUUAGUUACUGAUAAUGCCGCUAACAUGAAAGCAGCCUGGAGAAUUCUAAAAUCUGAAUCUAUUUAUAAUCAUAUACAAUGUUAUGGUUGUGCAGCGCAUACAUUACAGUUAUUCUUUCACGAUUUUGAACGAUUGAACGCCUUCAGUGACCAUAUUUCAAUAAUUAAAAAAAUUGUUAAAUUUUUCAAGAAUAAACACAUACCAGCUGUAGUAUUUUCCCGUAAUAAAUUUCUUCAUGGCAUACCAUCCACAUUGAGUACAAUUAGCCAAACAAGAUGGGCAUCGUCAAUAAAAUGUAUGGAGCAAAUUCAAAUAUGCAAGAAAGCUCUAAAAGCAUCAGUUGUUGAAGAAGCUGUUUGUGAUAUUUGUCCCAUAGAAAUUACCAAUAAUAUAUUAAACAAAGAAUUUUGGACGAAAAAUUUAAAAUUUUUAGCUAUACUCCAACCUUUAGCUACCUCAUUGUUGAAAGUGCAAGGGGAUAAAUGUAGUUUGGCCCAAGUAAAAAACGAGAUGCUUAAUUUGGAAAAACACAUAAUACAAUCAUGCCAUGAUUCUAUAUUUUCUCCAUCUCAAGAAAAAAAAAUUAAGGUUAUGUUUAAAAAGAGAAAAACUGAUCUAAAUACAUGUGCUCACAAUGCUGCUUAUUUAUUGGACCCCCAAUAUCAAGGGGAGCAUCUUACUAAUACUGAAUUUGAUGAAGCAUGUAAUAUAAUACAAGAAUUGGGUAUUUUACAAGGUGGUGAUAAUCAAAAUAUUUUGAGUAAUAUAGUAAAUUUCAGAAGCAAAAGCGGUAUAUUUAAUAGCCAUAAUAUGUGGAAAGUUGUAACUUCCAUAAGAAACAAUCAAAUUUCAGCCUCAAGUUGGUGGAAUGCAUUUUGCCCACCUUGCCCAUUAAGAGAAGUCGCUAAUAUUUUACUAACAUUUCCUAGUUCGACUUCUUCUUCUGAAAGAAAUUGGUCGGUUUGGGGCAAUAUUCACACGAAAAACAGAAAUAGAUUAAAGGCUUCUACAGCAAAAAAAUUACUAUCAGAUCAACAGAAAAACCGUAUAGGGUCGGUAGACCACGCAUACCUUGUUCCUGGAAAAAUGUCUGUUGAAACACUCAUAUUGAGCCAAGAAGACAAAUCUGAGAAAACUGGCAUUCGCAAACUUCGAUGCAUGGGAUUACUCACAAAAAACAGCUGCAAAUGA